AUGCUUUGGGUGCCGAAACUCCAGGGCCUUUGCACCCGAUGGGGCACUCAGAUAUCCAAACGCGCUUUCCAUGUUCAUGACAAGCAACUAUCCCCGCAGCAAUGGGGCAACAAGGAAGUGCCUGCCAAGUUUAACUUUGCUAGUGAUGUCAUGGAUCACUGGGCUGCCAUGGAGAAGGCUGGCCAGCGACCCCCAGUUCCAGCCCUGUGGUGGGUCAGCGGUGAUGGGGCUGAAGUGAAGUGGAAUUUCAGGGACCUGAGUGAGCUCAGCCGGCAGGCUGCAAAUGUCCUCUCAGGGCCCACUGGCCUACAGCGUGGGGACCGUGUGGCAGUGGUGCUACCCCGAGUGCCUGAGUGGUGGCUGGUGACACUGGGUUGCAUGCGAACAGGCCUCAUCUUCAUGCCUGGGACUAUCCAGAUGAAAGCCAAAGACAUUCUCUACAGGCUGCAAACAUCCAAGGCUAGGGCCAUUGUGGCUGGUGAUGAAGUGGCUGAGGCAGUGGACACCGUGGCACCUGACUGCCCUGCUCUGAAAACUAAGCUAUUGGUGUCUCAGAAAAGCCGGGACGGGUGGCUGGACUUCAAGACACUAUUUCAAGAGGCAUCCACCGCUCAUCGUUGUGUGGAGACUGGAAGCCAAGAAGCAGCUGCCAUUUACUUCACCAGUGGGACCAGCGGCCCUCCCAAGAUGCUGGAACACUCCCAUUCAAGCCUGGGCAUCAAGGCCAAGCUAGAUGCUAGCGAUUGGAAAGAUCUGCAAGUUUCUGAUGUAGUGUGGACCAUAUCAGACACAGCUUGGAUCUUGAACAUAAUUUCCUCAUUUCUGGAACCUUGGGUAUCAGGAGCGUGCAUCUUUAUCCAUCAAUUGCCAAAGUUUGACCCAGUGGUCAUUCUAAAGGUGCUGUCCAGCUACCCAAUCAACAUCAUUACAGGCGCUCCCGUCAUUUUCCGGAUGUUGCUACAACACGACUUUUCCAGUUACAAGUUCCCACACCUACGGUACUGCUACAGUGGAGGGGAGGCUCUUCUUCCGGACACUCUGGAGAAAUGGAGGGUCCGGACAGGACUGGACAUCCGAGAAUGCUAUGGCCAGACAGAAAUGGGACUCAUUUGCAGAGUUUCCAGGACAAUGAAAAUCAAACCUGGCUACAUGGGAACAGCGGUUCCCCAUUAUGAUGUGCAGGUCUUAGACGAUGAAGGCAAUGUCCUGCCCCCCGGCAAAGAAGGAGAAUUAGGCAUCAGAGUCAAACCCAUUAAGCCUGUAGGCAUGUUCUCUGAUCAUGUGGGCAACCCUGAUAAGACAGCAGCCAACAUUCGAGGAGAUUUUUGGCUUCUGGGUGACCGGGCAAUCAAGGAUGAAGACGGCUAUUUCCAGUUCCUGGGGCGGGCAGAUGAUAUCAUUAACUCCAGUGGGUACCGGAUUGGGCCUUCAGAGGUGGAAAGUGCACUGAUGGAGCACCCCGCUGUGGUUGACUCGGCUGUGGUCAGCAGCCCAGACCCCAUAAGAGGGGAGGUGGUGAAGGCAUUUGUGGUCCUAGCCCCACAGUUCCUGUCCCAUGACCGGGACCAGCUCACCAAAGAGCUGCAGCAGCACGUGAAGACAGUGACAGCCCCGUACAAGUACCCAAGGAAGAUAGAGUUUGUUUCGGACCUGCCGAAGACCAACGUGGGGAAAAUCCAGCGGUAUCUCCUUCGAGACAAGGAGUGGAAGAAUUCUGGGUCAGUCUGAGCCCAGUGAGGGCAGCAGAAUGUUUUCUAUUGAAUCUUCCCCUUCCACACCUUCCCUUUGGGUCCUCUGCCUC